AUGGCGCAACUCCCCGCGCAGACCCUUCACCGGGAUCCCCAGCUGUUCUACUGGAUCCUGAUACCCAUCACCGUCGUCAUGAUUCUCACCGGCGUGCUCCGCCACUACGCCUCCGUUCUGAUGGCCACGGCGCCGAAGAAGCUCGACGCCAAGAGCAUGCGGGAGCAGCGUGCGCUUGCCCGCGGCGUCGCCCUGCGAACCAACCACCAUGUCCUUUCGCAAAAGGCGUUUGAGAGCCGCCGCGACCAUCUGAGCGCUGGGUACGAGUCGGGCGCUUUCCUCAAGGAGCCGGAUCGCCAGGGCCAGCCGCCCGCCAAUCCGCUCAGCGACCCCAGCCAGAUGGAGGGCAUGAUGGGCAUGAUGAAGAACAACAUGGCCAUGAUUAUUCCCAACACGCUCAUCAUGAGCUGGAUCAACGCCUUCUUCAGCGGUUACGUCAUCAUGAAACUGCCUUUUCCCAUCACCAUCAAGUUCAAGAGCAUGUUGCAGGCGGGAGUGCAGACCAAGGACAUGGACCCUCGCUGGAUGUCCAGCAUCAGCUGGUAUUUCCUCUGCAUCUUCGGCUUGCAGUUUGUCUAUGUCUUCCUCCUCGGGAGCGAUAACGCGGCGAGCCAAAUGGCGCAGCAAAUGGCCGCGCAGCAGAUGCCCGUGAACCCCAUGGGUGGGCCGGGCCAGGACCCGGAUAAGCAGUUCAAGGCUGAGGCGGAGAAUCUGGCUGUCAUAGAGCACUAUUCGGUCCUGGACCAUGUUGAGGAUCGUCUUCUCGAGGGUAUCAAGUCGUAG